GUUUUGCAUUAGAGCCAUUGUAGGAGGCUAUUCUGUAGGAAACAAAACCCAGAAUGUAGAGAUAAGAAAGACCAUAUUCAUCUUCAGACUGGUCCUGCAGAUUGAUAUUAUUCUUUAAAUCCAUCUGCAAUGGAAAUGCUGUUUCUUCUGCUGAUUUUCUCAGCAGAGACUCUUGGCCUCGACCCCUGUGAUAAUUACACAGUGCUGGAUAAUGCUUGGAGGGCCACAAGCAACAGAGUCUCUUCCACAGUAAUGUGUGACCGUAAUGUCCAGUGGGUUGGAUGGUAUCGUCUCUUCCUUAAUGACCGAAGUGCUCAGAUGUCAGACACAUGUGUUAAAGAAAACAUCUGUGGCACUCAUGCCACUCUUUGGCUAAACGGUCAACAUCCAAGAAUGGAGGAUGGGGCGGUCACCCGAGAUGUCUGUGGUAGCUGGAACAACAACUGCUGCUAUUUUAAAUCCACUCCAAUUAAUGUAAAAGCAUGUCCAGGACAAUAUUACAUCUAUGAGCUCAAAAGCCCAAUUGGCUGCCAUUUUGCAUAUUGUGCAGUGAUUGAUGAAUGUGGUAUCAUGUGUGGGCCAAACGCAUUCUGUCACAACAACAACGGAAGCAUCUCAUGCUCUUGUUUGGGUGGAUAUAUUGCCACAAAUAUGAAUGAAAUGAUCAGUAGAAAUAACCCAUGUACAGAUGUGGAUGAAUGUCAAGCAAGUCCAUCUGUGUGUGGUCCAAAUGCCUACUGCACAAAUGUAAAGGGAGGUUACAACUGCUCAUGCUCGGAAGGAUUUUCUGCAACAUUCCCAGAUCUCAUCAUCAGCAUCAAUAACAUAUGCAUGGCUUAG